AUGAAAGGCGUCUUAGCGGCGCCGGGAGAUUAUGUCCACUUCAAGUCCCAAGUUCCUCUCCAUAAGAUCCCCAUUGGAUCAAAGCAGUGGCGGUACUAUGAUUUUGGUCCCAAAACGGUGGCUCCGCUGAUAUGUCUUCCUGGGAUAGCAGGAACCGCGGAUGUUUACUACAAACAGAUUAUGGCAUUGUCCAUGAAGGGUUAUAGGGUGAUCGCUGUUGAUAUUCCACGCGUUUGGAAUCAUAUGGAAUGGAUUCAGGCGUUUGAUAAGUUUUUAGAUGUCAUCAAUGUUCAUCAUAUGCACCUCUAUGGUACAUCUCUUGGAGGCUUCCUGGCUCAAAUAUUUGCUCAGCAUCGCCCAAGGCGAGUGAAAUCAUUGGUCCUAUCAAAUACAUUUUUGGAUAAUCGGAGUUUCGCAGCUGCUAUGCCAUGGGCACCUUUUGUUAGUUGGACACCUUCGUUUUUGCUCAAACGAUAUGUCUUGACUGGGAUUCAAGAUGGGCCCCAUGAACCUUUUAUUGCAGAUUCAGUAGACUUUGUUGUUUCUCAGGUCGAAACACUUUCAAAGGAUGAUCUAGCAUCAAGGCUAACUUUGAAUGUUGAUGCCGCAUCGGUUGGAUCUCUUCUCCUUUCUGAUCAAUUCAUCACCAUCAUGGAUACGAAUGACUACUGUGCGACACCUCAGCAACUGAAGGAUCAGUUGAGCGAGAGGUACCCGGAGGCACGGCGAGCUCAGUUGAAGAGCGGUGGCGAUUUCCCAUUUCUUUCACGGCCAGAUGAAGUCAACUUGCAUCUCCAGUUGCACCUGAGGCGAGUUGGGGUAGAACCUCAACCUGUGAUGGCGAGGGGCAUUCCACCUGGAAGUGGGACUGGAGGAAGUCAAAGCAAAGAGAAAGAUGAAGAGGAGGAAGAAGAAGACCGACAUGGUCCAUCGAAAGAUGGAGGGAACUCUGCAGCAAGCUCUUCUUCAGGUAGUGAUCCGCUGCCUUUGCCUCCUCCAGAGAGUUCCGAAUCACCACCCACCAGUGCUGAUCAGCUCCUCAACAAGGAUGUUUUGGCCGCACGGAGUUAUGGUGCAAUGGCGGCAUUUCUUCAUCACUUGGUUGCUUCUUACGUGGGAUAUGUGUACAUUAGUUUGAACUAUGGUCGGGAUUCCAGACAAAUGUUAAUGUAG